CGUAUUAUUGUUUCCCAAAAGAAUGUCGCAGCUUAAAUUCUGUUCACGACGAUCCCCAGUUGUUUGCACUAAUGGUUGUGUUGCAUCAAGCCAGCCUCUCGCAACCAAUAUCGGCCUUGAUAUUUUAAAGAGUGGCGGCAAUGCUGUCGAUGCUGCUGUGGCUGUAGCAGCUGCCCUCAAUGUUACCGAACCUUGCAGUACUGGAAUAGGAGGAGAUUGCUUCUGCCUCUACUAUGAUGCAAGCACAAAACAGGUGCAUGGCCUCAAUGGAAGUGGCCGAUCUUCACAGUCCCUAACCUUGGAGCUGCUCAAAAACCAUGGUUUCAGUGAAGCAAAUCCCCCACCAGUACAACAUGCAUAUAAUGUCACAGUACCUGGUGCCACAGCUGGAUGGUGUGAUGCUGUUGCAAUCUUUGGAAGCCAAAAGCUUUCCAUGAGGCAGAUUUUGCAGCCAGCAAUAGAAUUGGCUGAGAAAGGAUUCCCAGUAUCGGAAAUUACUUCUCACCACUGGAAGAGUGGUGCUUAUACUCUUCAAGCACCUGGAAGCCAACAUGGGAAGGACCUGUUGAUUGAUGGUGAAGCACCUGGCCAUGGCCAAGUGUUCAGAAAUCCAUUUUUGGCAAACACCUUCAAGGAGUUGGCAAAAUCUGGCAAAAAAGGCUUCUAUGAAGGCCGUGUGGCCAAAGCUGUUGUGGACAUAGUGCAGAGUAAUGGAGGAGUGUUGGAUUUAGAAGAUCUGAAAAGCCAUGUCACUGAAGAAGUCAAACCUAUUGCCACAAGUUAUAAGAGUGUGAAAGUUUGGGAAAUUCCUCCAAAUGGACAAGGAAUCACAGCUCUACUAGCCCUAAACAUUUUAGAGAACUUCAACGUGAAAGAAAUGGGUCAUAAUACUGCUCAAUACUUACAUACUCUAACUGAAGCCCUCAAAAUCAGCUUUGCUGAUACUUUGUGGUUCUGUGCAGAUCCAGAAAAAGUAUCAGUACCUACAGAAAAGCUCCUUUUAAAAUCUUAUGCCAAUCACCGUUCAAAGCUAAUCGAUUUACAAAGAGCAACUGCCAAACAUCAUCAUGGGAAUCCUUUCCCAGUUGGAAGUGACACAGUUUACUUUACAGUGGUGGAUGCCCAAGGCAGUGCCUGCUCUUUCAUCAACAGCAACUAUAUGGGAUUUGGCACAGGGCUGGUACCAGAAGGCUGUGGAUUUACAUUACAAAAUAGAGGAGCCAAUUUUUCCCUACAGCCUGAUCAUCCAAACUGCCUGGCACCCAAGAAACGGCCGUAUCACACAAUUAUACCUGCUUUGGCUACGGAUGCAGAUUCAGGGGAGCUCCUGUGCUCCUUUGGAGUAAUGGGUGGAUUCAUGCAACCUCAAGGACAUGUACAGGUACUAUUGAAUAUGUUGGAAUUUGGGAUGAACCCCCAAGAGGCAUUGGAUGCUGCUCGUUUUUGUCUUGAAUAUAACAAAAAAGAUCCAUGGUCCAUCUCCCUGGAAGAAAGUAUCCCUCAGAAUAUUUCAGAAGAACUGAGAGCCAUGGGUCAUACUGUCAUGCCUCCUGUAACUGGGCACAGCCGAAGCAUGUUUGGACGAGGUCAAGUCAUCACCAAAGGAGACUGGUGGAGGCAGAAAACACUGUCAUCUAGUAAUGUAUUUUGGGCUGGGUCUGAUCCUCGAGCUGAUGGUUGUGCACUGGGAUACUAGUGAUAAAAAAUUGGCAGUGUGAGUUAAGUCACUAAAAUUGAAUUCCAAGACUAUGGUAUGUUAGUAAAAUGGAUCUAAAUCUGUUUAAAUCAUAGCUUGAUGAUAUUGGUCAGGCUCUGUGAGUGAUUCUGAGAUUCUGUAAUCAAAAAAUAGUUUUUCCAAGUGGUGAAUACAGCUUGGAAUAUGCUUUGCAGAUAGAGGUCUUGGUUUCAAUCUUAGUUAUCACUGCCUGUGAUCUGGGGGAGUAAUUUAGUUGUCCAUCAGAUAAUACCAGGAUAGGGCGAAGUGCAACCCUCCUAAUUUUGUGAAACUGCAACUCACAUCUCCUUAGUUGACAUAACCAAUUAUGAGAAAUGCUGAAGAUUGAAGAAUGCACUUUUCUCACCUCAAUACUAUGUUGGGCUCAAUACACUGGGCACACUCAACAUAAAAUGGCUUUUUACAUUCUUAAACAGCAGGGUUUUGUAUAGAUAUUUUUAUGGUGCUGCCGAUAUUGCCUUCAUUACAGCAACAAAAAGGUAGCUGUUCUAGCCACAGUUGGCCAAUACUUUUCUUAAAAGAGCUAAAACUGCUGCAGCAACUAUUGACUGCAUAUAAAAAUGAAGGAAGAAACAAAACAGAUCCAACAUUUAGCCAACUGUUGUGCUUUGAACUUCAACUUUGUCCCAAGAUGGAGAUUUCAGGCUGAAUGAAUCACUAGUAGGGAAGCGGUGUCAGGUUAUCCUCAUCCAUCUCAGGGGUGGUCAGAGGCUUUACCAUGUCAGUGGUGCAGUAAAUCCACUCUGGGUUUUACUGCACACUCCAGAUGAUCUAUUCGAGGCUCUGAAUCUAUUUUGGGGGUUAAACACCUUGGAUAGAAUCAAAUCUGUAAUAAAAGUGGAUUCAUUG